CCCUGCACUACCGCUGUCUUCUUUGGUCCGGCUGGAGGGCAGAAGACAGGACAGCAAAUGAAAUAUUGCCACUUGAGAACAUAUUCCUGAAGAAGACUGAGUUCGUGUUUUCAGCACCAGGGAGGCACGUUUCCACACCAGGGAGAAAGGGAAGAUGUAAGGCAGGGUCACAUGUUUGAAGAAGACACACAGCCCCUCCAGGAUGAGAGCUCUGGUGCUGGUUCUCCUUGUAUCCAAAGUCCACAUGGCUUUUUGUGACACCGUCAACAACAGCCAGGCAGGGGAUGGACUUUUAAGGAAGUGAAAUGCCUGCAAGCCACAAAACUGCCCCCAGGCUAAUUUUUUUUUUUUUUUUUUUUUUUUUGUAAGUAUCUCUGAAAAAUCACAGCUAAUGAAAAGGCUGUUGAAGGGCUGGGCAUCAGGAUGACUGAGCGCUUUGACUGCCACCAUUGCGAAGAAUCUCUCUUCGGCAAGAAGUAUAUCCUCAGGGAGGACAGCCCCUACUGCGUGGCGUGCUUUGAGUCCCUCUACGCCAGCACUUGCGAGGAGUGCGGGAAGCCCAUCGGCUGUGACUGCAAGGACUUGUCCUACAAGGACCGACACUGGCAUGAGGCCUGUUUCCAGUGCUUUCGGUGCAAGAGCUCGCUGGUGGACAAGCCCUUCGCUGCCAAGGAGGACCAGCUGCUGUGCACGGACUGCUACUCCCACGAGUACUCCUCCAAGUGCCAGGAAUGCAAGAAGACCAUCAUGCCAGGUACCCGCAAGAUGGAGUACAAAGACAGCAGCUGGCAUGAGACCUGCUUCGUCUGCCGCCGCUGCCAGCAGCCCAUCGGCACCAAGAGCUUCAUCCCAAAGGACAACCAGAACUUCUGUGUGCCGUGCUAUGAGAAACAGUACGCUUUGCAGUGCGUUCAGUGCCAAAAGCCCAUCACCACCGGGGGCGUCACAUACCGGGAGCAGCCGUGGCACCGGGAGUGCUUCGUGUGCACCGCGUGCAAGAAGCCGCUGUCGGGCCAGCGCUUCACGUCCCGCGAGGAGUUCCCCUACUGCCUGAGCUGCUUCUGCGACCUGUACGCCAAGAAGUGUGCCGGCUGCACCCACCCCAUCAGCGGACUUGGUGGCACAAAGUACAUCUCCUUUGAGGAACGGCAGUGGCAUAACGACUGUUUUAACUGUAAGAAGUGCUCCCUCUCACUGGUGGGGCGAGGCUUCCUCACAGAAAGAGAUGACAUCCUGUGCCCUGACUGCGGGAAAGACAUCUGAAGCCCACACGGCUGCUUGUGACACGCACGGAUUUAGACACUCUCAUUCUCCACCAGGCAGUGUUGUGUCUGGUCUCCACCGGCCAUGCUGAAACUUUCCUCUUGUGCUUCUCAGUGAUAUUCACGUUUGUUUAAACCCUUUAAUCCUUUGUACUAGCUCAGUCCCAGGGAAGGAGGAAACCCUUCUGUAAACCCGUGGUGGGAAGAUGAUAUUGAAUUUUCAUAAUCAAGCAGGGCAAUUCCAAGUGUAAAAAUCCUUUUGAAUGGUAUCUUUAUACAUGUACCUUUCUUUCACUACGUAUUUAAUUUUUAAGUGCAAUUAACACAUCACGAACUUGAGUUUCCCGAACUACAUGAGAUAUUGAAGAGUGGGCAUUUACAAUGUGUAGCUUCCUGUCAUGUAAGACCUAGAGCAAGAUCAUAUAGCUUACAAUAAAGUUAUCCAGAACAAAA